AUGGAGACCCGACUUGUUAUAGUUUUAUUGUUCCUGGUUUCGAUAGCGUCAGCUGGAUUGAUUCAAAGAAGAGUAAAAAGACAAUGGGGAGGCUGGGAAGGAGGUCCAGGAGGAUGGCAGCAACCGGGAUGGCAGCAGCACAAUUGGAACAACAAUAUGAACAGAAACAAGAUAGCAGCACAACAGCAGCAGUAUAAUUGUCAAACAUCUGGAAUCAACCUCAUCGGACUUCCAAUUAGCAGUUACAACUGCCAAAAUUCAGGAAUGUCGGCUCGAGUUAAUACUUUACAACAGAGUCAACAAAAUCAGGGAAUGCUUCAAGGACCGCUUGGAGGAAUCGGAGGGUUAUUGAACAAUUUCAUGGGAUGA